UGCAUGGCUUAACUUGCACAAUGUUGACUAAGGUAGAAGAGAAUCAAUAGUGGGCGGGCUGGGAAAAAGAAAGGUGAUGGAAAAUAUGAAACAGGAGUUGAGCAGGUGAAAAUGUUCUCCAAUGUUUUACCUCCCUCUCAGUUGGGCAGCAGGAGCCCGUCUAACAGGAGAAGAGAGAAAAUGUUGACUCUAGACGUUGUCAGUGGGUUUCACCUAUCCUCCUCCCUGUGCUCAUGUCGAUGUCAUGCUGACAGUCAAACACAGGAAAAUGGGAGAGUCACAGAACACCUUGUUAUUAGUGGCAUUAACUUGUAGAUCUACAUGUACGUCACUGUAGCCCAGAGGCAGUGUGUGUCACCCUGACCUUCUGGGGCACAGAUAUUUGUGAAUGAGUGAGUGUGCCAUCGAUAAUGAGUGUGUGGUGGUGGUCGGUGAUGCUGGGUUUACGGUUAGGUUUGUGGGGAAAUGUCCUCAGAGGAAUGCUGCUCUGGCUGUCGCCAUACAGGUCCUGCCAUUUACGUUUAUGCGCACACAAACAGAGAUUGGCCAGAGCCACCAGAGGAUAGCAUUUCCCAUCCGGAAUGAUAGGUGAGAGGGAGGAGGGGAGGUGUGCUGGGGGUUUUGGGCACUCGGAUUCUGGUUAGGUGAGUUUCAAAGAGAGAGAGAGAGAGAGAGAGAGAGCAGUCUGUUCUGUGUACACCAUACACAGAUCCUGUGUGUGUGUGAAACAGAAAGAGUGAGACUAACUGACGGAAAGAAACCAAGUCAGACUCCGGGUUUUACUUUGAAAGGAAAAUGGAUAACACAGAAGAAUAAAUAUCCAAACACGACAUUCUGAGGAUCUAAAGUGACGGACGGUGACGGUGACGUUGCUCCAUCCGCAGCAGCAGCAGCAGCAGCAGCAGCAGCAGCACCAACACCACACACCACUGUGACUGUACAGAGGCAGCUAGGAUGUGCUAAAGGAAGCAGCCUGUCAGCAGACGGCAGGUCGGAGACAACCUGACGGACGGACACAGAGGAGGAGGCGAGGACGGACACGAGAAAAUGAGAAAGUGAUCGGCCGGAUUCUCACUGUUUGAACAUUGGCAGAAGAAUCUACCACCACUUCCCGUCAUCCCAUCAUCACCCUACAGGCCCCAAACCUGAUCGGUAGGUUAUGCCAGAAUGACAGCCGAAGAUCCUACUUCCUCUUCAACCAUGAGCAACAACUCCGUCCCAUCCAAACCCGCCAAGCUGCCCAAACCCGCCCCUGGUGCCUCACAAAUCUCUCUACAUGGACAGAUGAAUAUCCCUGAGGGUAUGGCAGCCGGUUCCAAUGAGGCUGCACUGAAAGCAUUAGUAGAGCGCAGUGGCUACAGUAUGGUCCAGGAAAAUGGACAGCGUAAAUACGGCCCUCCUCCUGGCUGGAGCGGCCCAGCUCCUCAGCGAGGAUGUGAAAUUUUUGUGGGUAAAAUUCCACGAGAUGUCUAUGAGGACGAGCUCGUGCCAGUGUUUGAGUCUGUAGGUCGUAUUUACGAGAUGCGGCUGAUGAUGGACUUCGAUGGGAAGAACCGUGGGUAUGCAUUUGUAAUGUACACAGAGAAACAUGAGGCUAAACGUGCAGUGCGUGAGCUUAACAACUAUGAGGUGCGACCCGGGCGGCUACUGGGAGUCUGUUCCUCUGUCGACAACUGUCGCCUUUUCAUUGGUGGUAUUCCAAAGAGCAAAAAGCGUGAGGAGAUUCUGGAAGAGGUUUCUAAAGUAACAGAAGGCGUACUGGAUGUCAUAGUUUAUGCCAGCGCCGCAGACAAAAUGAAGAACCGUGGCUUUGCCUUUGUAGAGUAUGAGUCACAUCGUGCAGCUGCCAUGGCUCGCAGGAAGCUGAUGCCUGGACGUAUUCAGCUCUGGGGUCACCAGAUUGCAGUAGACUGGGCUGAGCCAGAGAUUGAUGUGGAUGAAGACGUAAUGGAGACUGUGAAGAUCCUUUAUGUCAGGAAUCUAAUGAUGGAGACUAGUGAGGAAACCAUUAGACAGGUAUUCAGUCAAUGGAACCCUGGAUGUGUUGAACGUGUGAAGAAAAUUCGUGAUUACGCCUUCGUCCACUUCACCUCCAGGGACGAUGCUGUCCUAGCCAUGGACCACCUUAAUGGCACAGAGGUGGAAGGGUCGUGCAUCGAGGUGACACUCGCCAAGCCGGUGGAUAAAGAGCAAUAUUCACGUCAAAAGGCGUCAAAGGGAGGAGUUCCUGCCACUCCAGAGGCAACUCAGCAGAAUUAUGUAUACCAAUGUCAAUGUGAGCCCUACACGCUGGCUUACUACGGUUAUCCCUACAACACCCUGAUUGGACCCAACAGAGACUACUUUGUGAAAGGAUUCCCAAUGAUACCGAACAAUGCAGGUACUGUGCGAGGCCGUGGCCGUGCCACUGCAAGUAACCGUACCCCUGGACCAAGGGGGUCAUACCUUGGGGGUUACUCUGCUGGUCGUGGCAUCUACAGCCGCUACCAUGAGGGCAAGACCAAGCAGCCUGAAAAGCCCUAUGAGCUGAUGCCCAGUCUGGAACUUGCUGCCUCCGUCAACCCAGUUGCCCUCAAACCUGGCACAAUGGCGUUGACGGGUCUGGGUGGGCAGUACCCAGUUUUCAAUGCGCCUCCCACAGCCAAAUUGAUAGAGGAAGGAAAGGUGCAUGCAAUGGAGCACCUCAUCAACCCUCUAACCAUGCAACACACUGAACAUCCUAAUGCUGCUACUGCUGGUGCCACCGUCCUACCUGCAGUGUCAACCCCUCCACCCUUCCAGGGUCGCCCAAUCACUCCCGUCUAUGCCAUGGCCCACAAUGUACAGCGUAUCCCCACAGCAGGGGGUCUGUAUGGAGCUGGAUACAUCCCGAUCACAAACUACGCUGCUAAUACAGCGGCUCUAGCCGCCCUGCAGAAGAACGCUGCGGUAGCGGCUGCAGCCUAUGGAGGCUACGCUGGUUAUGCUGUGCCACAGGCUUUUCCUACUGCCACCUUCCAGCUGCCACUCCAUGAUGUCUACCAGACAUACUGAUUCUGACCACUCCAACAACGUGUAACGACGGUAGUUAACUUUCCUGUGACUGAAACCAACACUGCAACAUCUGAGAAGUAUCUACUGCCCAAUAUAGAAACAUCCUUUGAACUUGUGAACCAACAACAGCUAAAAAAAGAGUGAAACAAAUGUUGGGGACAAACAUCUCAAAUCUGGUCUGGGAAAAUCCUCGACCCCAGGUGACCUUAUGCAGCAUCACUGUUUUCUACUGAAUAGUUCAACACACAAACAGAAUUGUUCUGCUCAACGAGGAAGCCCGUCCAUAUGUGGACACACGUGUCCCCAACAGUAUGUAUAUUUACUUUUCUUAUUCUUCCACCUUUUCCGCCUCGUUGCAAUACAACAUUAAAAAUUGAAGGUACAUUCAAGUAUUUUUUUGAGAACGUGUAUUUGGGUUUGCAGGUCUCUUUUUAUUUGGGGGUAGUGAAUGAUUUCUGGAGCAAAGAAUAAUGAUAUUUACAAGAUACAUUUUUAGAAUGUUUCACAUCGGGGGUCGAGGAAGAAAAGCAUAAGUAAUAAGAAGUACAUCAUAAACUACUGACAAAAGGUUAUUCCCCUGAAGAGAGAUAUGCUUUGAUAUAGUAAUGUUAUUUUUGAAUGUUUUUAUCGGUAAUAUUUAGUAUUUCAGCCAAUUCUAAAUGCUGUAGGUGUUGUUUUUCGUCCAUGCUGGCUGAAUAUGUGUGCCUCAAAAACAAAUGUUUGGUACUUUGAGUUUCAUUUAUGUUUAUUUACUUUAAAAUGAAGGUUUUAACUAUUGGCUUUACUUAUAUAUAGUGUAUUUGCCUUUAAGUGUCAGCUUUACAAACUUGGUUUGGUUUUAAGAAAGUUGCCAUCUUACUAAUAUUGUUGGAGCAGAUCCCCUGGCCUUAAAUAACACAGGAAAAGGCUUUUCUUAUUGGUGGGCUGCUUCAUACGCAAGCAACAUUGAAAGUGACAUCAUCAACAUAGUGAUGUUUCCAACACUUUCGAUGCUGCACUGGCCGGGGACUAAGACUGAACUGAUGUUAGCUGUUUGUUUUUUUGUUUUAUUUUUUUUUUUUGUAUUUUUUAUUGUGAAACAUUUUUUUAAAUUUUUGACUCCUGAGAAGUGAACAAACAUAGACAUAAAUGAUAGACACGUUUUCUACAUGGACUGGAAACUAAUAACCAAAAAAACCCUAUGGUGAAACACUCCAGUGCCAAGACAUUACUCUAGUGCCUUAUAUCGACAUCUGUGUGUCACUCUACACCUCUCACUAUGCCUUUUAAAACUGGCUUCGCAGUUCAUAUUUAAUAAUGAUAGAAUUUUAAUAUCUCUGUGUUUUUUUGUUAAAUAACUAAAUUUCACUGUCGGUGAAAAGGCCCGCAUCGCAUGUCUGUUUGGACCUGGUUUUAUUUGGGCAACAUUUAUACAAUUCGGGCAAACAUUGGUACAGACAUAGGUCCCAACUUUUAGCCCACUUUGUAGCCACAUACAUUCACACACCAUAGGUUCCACAUACCAUCCCAUUUGAAGGAAUAUGUGACAAAGGCUACCUCUAUCCUCACAACCCUCGACACUCCAUUUGUCCGUCUCUUCUUGAGUUCAUUUCCUCUUGACUAUGCUUGACCACAGUGCACUUAGACAUAUUUGUGGAAGGCAAGAGAUUGCCACUUUGAUAUGAAGAGAUACGAGAUACUGAGCUUGAAAUUGUGUGAACUGUGCCUGUUGGCAUUUUUCAAUUUGUAUGCAGCAGACAAACAGGCACAGGAAAAAACAAAAAAACGACAAAUACUCUGAAUGUUUUAGUGGGCACUUUGAACAUAUGUUGUAACCUUGUAAAUUUGAUUGGGGGACAUAACUGGAUGCACACCUCAUACUGAAACCAGACCUUAUAUAUGGAAAUGAUGCAGGGGUUUAAGCCAAUGGUGAAGCUCCAGAGGAGAGUUUUAACAUAAUUUUGUGGUUUUAUUGUUAUGUUACUAGUUUCAGAUCACUUACCAGAACAGUGACAUCAGUCUUGUUUGAGAAGGAAUAAAGCCAACUGCAGCAGGCACAUAUGAAUUAACACUGUUUGUGAUUGACAGCAGGAUUACAUACAGGUGACUACUGGCAACAAUUUCGCCUCUCGUUAACAGUCACUUUGCACUUUUAUCAUUUAUUUUGUAUAAACAGGAUCAUAAUCUCCAGUUAUGACAGCAUGUCCUAUAGACGAGGGCCUGAAAUAAACAUGGACUUCACUCCUAGACCAACAGAGAAUAUAUCUGGUCUGGACAAUCACCGACUGCAUCCUUUUCUUAUAUAAGGUCUAAUUAAAUACCUAUGCAGGAGUGAUUCAUAAGACAAAUGUUAACAAAUGACAAUCAUGAAGUUAAACUCACCGCAGUUGUCUUUAAAUUCUGACAAGCAUGCAAACAGUUGGAAUGCUGAAUUUUAACCAGCACUUUCAAAGUUUUUUAUGCAGAACAUUUCUGACACAACCCAAUAUGAAGAUGUUAACUUUAGUGAUUGUAUGAACUUGUCAAGUUGGGAUAAAAACAAACAAACAAACAAACAAAAAAAACCCCGUUAACCUUCAACCUUCCUCUCAAACUGGAGUUAUCAUUUGAAACAAACUGCUGUUAAAUGCUUUGUCUAUUUCCUCGUAGGAUGGCAGUAAGUCAGGAUAAAUUUAAUAUAUGCAUUACUGUAUGUGUGCUGUGAAUGAAGUGAGAAGAAUAGGUAUAAUAUAUUCUAUAAAAAUGUUUCUUUAUUUACGCUUAGCUUCGGGUUAUGAAAAAGUCAAAGUAACAAAUGUAAUGCUUUUUUUUUUUUGCCAAAGUGCCCUGUAGUUUUCACAUAUUCCAGGUGUGUUUCUGUAAUGUGAAAUAUUAUGUAUUUUUAAAGCAGAAACACAAACAAGAGUAAAACUGGCUAACUGAAGCGUGAUGACCCACUGGCACUUUGAGCUGUUGGUGUUGCAAUAUAUGCUUGUCAGGUUUAGGUAAGUUAUUAAAAGUCUGAUAAUAUGUUAACAAUGCUGGUUAGCAGACGACGGUGUUUUCUGACUACAACUCUAAACAUAUCCUCCUGUACCUUUUCUUGCCUGCAUUUCACCCACACUACUGCAUUUGCUCUUUGCAUCAGUGGUGUGCAGCUGCAUUAUACCAUAUACUUUAAUAUACUGUAGUUGAAAUCAUGUAAACUUUCCAUAAUGUGUGCCUUUCAGCCUUUUGUGCCAUUUUCCAUUCUUUUGUAGAUCUUUGCAGACUGUUUUCUAUCUGAAGGUUUGUUUGAGAAAAAAAAACUUGUUUGCUUUUGUUAUAUUUAUAGUGAUGCAGUAGAUAAAUAAAGCAUUUUCAAAAUGA